AAUGAUUUCAAAUCAAGUGUAAGUGGGAGUUCUAUGUCUCAGAAGUGUCAGUCUACAAGAUCGAUAUGUAACUCAAUUUGUUUACCUCCUCUACCAACAAACCAACAUGGUCAUUUAGGUUUAAGAGAUCAUGUUGAUCUACCUUUGUGUUUAGCUUUAUGUCAUCUUCAAUUAUCUGAAGCAAUUGAAAAAGUUCCUGAAGAU